GACGUGUAAUCUUCCCCACUCAAAUCAGACCACCACCACCAGACCACCAGACUCCCACUACCAAGAAUUCAACCCGCGACUAGUGGCUGAAGCAAGAUCACAAGUAUCCAUCUCGAAUUUUGAUUGAAAUUCGGAUUCCGAGAAGACAUGUUCGGAGGAGGAGGAGGUGGUGGUGACAGUAGUGUAUAUUGGGGAAGGAAGGAGAGUGAUUGCAAGGGGAUAGUUGUUCUGUGUUCUUGGGUUUCGGUUCAGGAGAGCCACCUCAGGAGCUAUGUCGAUUUGUAUUCUUCACUCGGCUGGAAUUCCCUUGUUUCUCAAGCCGAUUUUCUCAGCGCAUUUUAUCCUGAGAGGGCCUCGUCGCUCUCACUUGUUCUUUUGAAUGAGCUUGUUGAGGAGCUAAGCAUUAGGCCGUGUCCAGUUGUCUUUGUAGCCUUUUCUGUUGGUUCCAAGGCUUGCUUGUACAAGAUUUUUCAGAUAAUUCAAGGAACACAUGAACGUCACCUUGGUCUGGAAGAGAGCCGCUUGCUUAGGAACUGUGUUUCUGCACAAAUAUAUGAUUCCAGUCCCGUCGAUUUUACUGCUGAUUUGGGUGCCAGAUUUGCUUUAGCCCCCACCAUUCUAAAAUUGCCUGGUCCAGUAAAACUUGUCUCUUGGGUGGCAAGAGGCAUUGCUUCUGGUCUGGAUGGUUUAUAUCUUACCAGGUUUGAAUCCCAGCGUUCUGAGUAUUGGCAGACUCUAUACUCCUCAGUUGACUUGAAGAUUCCAUUUCUCAUAUUAUGCUCUGAGAAUGAUGCCGUUGCAUCAUUUCAAGGCAUUUGCCAUUUUGCGCAUCGCUUACAAAAGCUUGGGGGAGAUGUUAAGCUUGUAAAGUUGAAUGGCUCCCCUCACACAGGUCAUUACGAGCAUUAUCCAAUCCAAUAUAGGGUUGCUGUGACCAAUUUGCUUGAGAAAGCAUCUUCAGUUUAUUUGCAAAGAAUCCGACAGCUUGGAGAUGGCAUGGAGGCUGGGCAGGAUGAGAUAUCUGAGUUGGUCCAUGACUUGCAAAAAGCAGCAGUUAACUCAAACCAAAGCUUAAGAAGAGUUGCGGUGGGGCCAGGUGAUCACUUCUUUAUGCCAAGCUCAUCAGAGUAUCAUAAUGGAGGAGAGUCUAGCUCUUUACAAGAUGAACAAAAAGAAAAGCCAGUUUUACCCAGCACACCGAGCAUCAGUGCACAUACUGUACUUGGCCAAAUCCUCUUUGAUGCUUGUGUUCCCAAGAAUGUUGAAGGAUGGGAUAUUCGAUUUUCUGGUUCUUUGAAUGGGCAACCAAUUGCUUCUGCCCGUAGGCGUUCACCUUUCCACGGCAUCAGAAGUAAUCGUCGCUCUAGAUUAUAAUCUCUCUUAUCGAUCUGACGAUGUGGGAAACAGCCAUCUGCCACGUUUUCUAAAGCUUUUAUGAGAAUACAAGCAAAACUGACUCCUAGGAAUGCGGAAUGGAGUAGCCGAGCUUGCAGCAUACUUAAGUGAGGUGAGGUACUGCUAGACACUGUAAAAUGCUUUUUGGUUUGGCCGUUGGGCUCCUCUUCCGGUGGUAAGUGUACAGAUACAAUAAGGUAAUGUAAUCUUAUGCUUGGUGAUUAUGUACAAAGAAAUGUAGAUUCCCAUCUCACAUAAUAUGCUUAGUGAUGACUACGAUCCUAGAACCAGUUAUAUAUGAUCCGCUGACCUGCCAAGGAGUUGGCAACUCAGGUGUAAAUGUGUAUGACUCAUCUUUUUUGUACUUAGCCCUGGAUUUAUUGACUAUUGAGUGAAUUUAGUUUGAUUCGAAGUACAAUUAUGGUUCGAUUCAA